AUGCAUGACAGAUAUGAUGUCAUUGGAAAAAUGCUACACACUUUGCGCUUUGCCUUUGAGGUUCCCGGCUGGAAGAGCGAGAAAGAAGCACUCAUCGCUUCUGUUCUCCAGAUGCUUAUGGGAGGAGGUGGCUCAUUCUCAGCUGGAGGCCCUGGAAAAGGAAUGCACUCAUGGCUCUAUCUCCGUAUUCUGAACGAAGAUCAGCAAGUUCAGUCAUGCACCGCAUUCACUAGCAUAUUUGACAACACCGGACUGUUUGGAAUCUAUGGUUGCUCGAGUCCUGAGUUUUCUGCAAAAGCAAUUGAAUUAACAGCUAAAGAACUGAAAGAUGUAGCAGGAGGAAAAGGUUUGCAGUUUAAUCAUCUAGAUCGUGCCAAGGCAGCCACGAAAUCUGCAGUUCUGAUGAAUUUGGAAUCUCAAAUGAUUGCAGCAGAAGACAUAGGCAGGCAGAUACUUACAUACGGAGAGACGAAACCAGUUGAGAAUUUCUUAAAAGCAGUAGACGAACUUACCUUGAAGGACAUUACAGAUUUCACCAGCAAAGAUAAUUUCAAAGCCUUUGAUAAUGGGUUCCUUUGGAGAUG